GUCCGCCCGGAAGCAGCAGGACGUACACAAGGCUGCUCACACGUGGGUGCGGGAGUUCAAUCUCAGUUAUGCGCUUUGGGACCCUGUAGCUGAAAACAUGCCGAAGAGAGUGAAAGUUGUGCAUGAAGAAGAGGCCCGGGGGCCGGAGCAGGUGGAGGAUGUUCCCGCGGAGACCAGGCGGACCCGCAGCGGCCGCAGGAUCCGAGCUCCGGCCUCUCAGCCGGAAUACAAACCCCCGGCGACCCCCGGCAGGAGGACCCGGAGCUCCGUGGCCCAGGAGCGAGUGGCGGCAGAAGACAAAAUCGUGGAGGAGCCGGAGCGGAGCCCCGAGAGGCCGGUGGAAACCAAGUCUGCUGCCUCGCCGGAGCCGGCGGCGGCCGGGGAGCAGCAGGUCCAGGUCCAGGCGGAUCCGGGGGCAGCAGAGACUGUGACUGUGUCCAGGCCUCCGGCUGCAGAAACAGCACCUUUAAAUUCAGAGACUGUCCCCAAGAAGAAACCUCAUUUAGCCCCAAGUGCUAAAAAGAUCCCGGCGGUUCCUCUGGGAAAACCCAAGUCAGGACGAGUGUGGAAGGACCGCAACAAGCAGAGGUUCUCUGCGCUGGUGAGAGAUAAACCGUUGAACUCCUCUUGGGAAAAGAAGAUGGCGGCCAAGCGGGAAAAGCAACUCCUGAAACAAUAUUCAGUGAAGCUUACAGAGGAGAAGGCCCGGCAGAAAGAGGAGAAGAGGCUGAGAAGAGAAGAAAAUCUGAAACGGCGUGCAGAGAACGAACGGAAAUCUGAGAUUGUUCAAGUGAUUCGCAACACGACGAAGAUCAAGAGGAUGAAGAAAAAGCAACUGAGAAAGAUUGAGAAGCGAGACACGCUGGCUCUGCUGCAGAAGUCCCAGAAGCAGAAUAAGAAGACCAAAACGCAGAAAAAUGUUGAGCAAGAGCUUACUUGAACAAAAUCUGACAAUAAAAUGCAUAUAU